GCCGCAAGAUGCAGCCCUCCCCUCCUUCCGCGCAGGAUGGCUGCUCGCUCGUGGUGGUCUGAGGUCCUCGCACACGCUCCAAGGGCCCUGUCGACAGGGGCUGCCAUAUGGCUGACGGCAGCUCGCUGUGUCUCAAAGAAACCUCAUAACGAGGCUCAACCGCCGAAACAAGCCGCCGCAGCUGUUGUAAUACUUAUCCAGUCUCCCCCACGCCGCCAUCUGGAUGCUUCAGAUUCUGCGCUUGCUCAGCAGCUGCUGCAGAGGUUGCCUCCGGGGUGGCCCCCGUGAGUCUGCCGUCGACGGCAGUGACAAGCGUGGCUGCCUCACUCCGUGACACGGGCUGCUUGUGGGAAGCAUCGGUGUGAGGCCAAGCAGGCGAAGCAUCCACCUGCUGCGGGAAGGUGGGGGUCGGUUGUCUCGGUGCAGAGGGAAUAGGAUACCGAAGCACGUGCUGCAGAGGCACACAGAACAGGACAAGAGGCUCUUCACGCCUCAGACUUGAACUGCAGUGACACUCACUUACCUUUUGCUUCGCAAGAAGGACGAUUCGUUCGAGGGCGUCAUUGUUCUGUUGCAGCCGACCCUGAAGCGACCGGAGGCUCGUCUUGACGCUUGGGUCCAUCAAUUUAAACGAACAACGACGCCAUCGACGAA